AUGGCGACACUUGACGUGCCCACCUUGCACUCCAGGCGUUCCUCCACGAAGACGCUCUCCAGGUCCGUCGCGAAUGGCUCAAAGUCCGGGAUGUUGCUCAGACGCAGCACCGACACCUUGACGGGGGCGAUCAAGGGUGACGACAUGACGCCGCGCUUCUCGUCACCCUCGCGAGAAUCGAAAUUUUGUUCAAAAGCGGCAAGGGAAAUGCCGAACGAGGGCUCGAUCACCGAGGGAACGAACUUUUCCUCGCUCACCAUCUUCUCCACCAACUUAGUGGCCACCAUCUCGUCCUCGAAAGCCUGGGCGCGUGGCACAUCAUCCUUCAAAGCCUCUAGCGCCUCGAGGAUCGCGGCCACAUCGGCCUUGAACGUUCGGCCAAUCUUGCCCUUAUUCGGCUUGAUCUCCACGAUCAGGCGCUUCUCGGGAUCGUCGAACUUCACGAGCGGUCGGCGUGGCCGGCGCACCCCACCCAGCCGGAGCUCAACUUGA